UGUACCAAUGUCGCACGUCAGUACGACGGACUUUGAACGUUCAGUAUAUCUCAGCAGAGUUACGAGAAUAUUCGUAAAGUUGAAUUAACAUGCAUUCUUUUGUAUAGUGUUAAAUACUUUAGUUAAUACUGAGACGCCAUAACGACCGUUAAAGGUCUACUUAAAGCUUUUAAAAGACUGCACCCCCCCUCGUUAGAUGCGACAGUGGUAUGAUCCACGUGGCACGCUGCUGCUGAACAUGUGCUGUUUGUUGAUCUGAUAGCGCGAUGGCUUUCUAAUAAGGGGAGAGAUGAUUAUUAUCCGGUUUGUCAGUUGACGUUAGUGAGCGGGGUAUUUACGAUAUCCAUCGAAGUCUAUAGAUUUUUUAUUUAACUGACUUACAGACAGUUUAUUUUCGUUAGAGAGUAAAUCGUUAGCCACGCGCGCGCCUCUGAAUCAGGGCAGGACAUUAAGGAACCGGCUCAUCAGCUGCUUCAGAUCGUCCGCAUCGUCGCCGUUUCUCUCUCCGUCUGAGGUAACUGCCACGCCGCCACCAUGCGGAGGUGUCAGAAUUGCGGUGGGACGGAAGUGGACGUGGACCAGGCUCGCGGUGACGCCGUGUGUAUGGGCUGCGGCUCCGUGCUCGAGGACAACAUCAUCGUCUCGGAGGUGAUGUUCGUGGAGAGCAGCGCCGGAGCCUCGUCAGCCGUCGGCCAGUUCGUGGCCUCGGACUCUCAGGGCAAUGUCCCGUCUCUGGGUGGAAACUUGACGGGGAUGGGAAGAGAGUCCAGAGCGCAGACGUUACAGAACGCAAAGAGGAAUAUAAAUCACCUGGGCCGCCAGCUGCAGAUGAACCAGCACUGCCUGGAUACGGCCUUCAACUUCUACAAGAUGGCGCUGUGUAAACACCUGACCCGAGGCAGGAAGUCGUCCCACGUCAUCGCCGCCUGCCUCUACCUGGUGUGUAGGACUGAGGGCACGCCCCACAUGCUGCUGGAUCUUAGCGAUCUUCUGCAGGUCAACGUGUAUGUUCUGGGAAGAACCUUCCUGGUGUUGGCCAGAGAACUCUGCAUCAACGCUCCAGCCAUAGAUCCGUGUCUGUACAUCCCCCGCUUCGCACACAUGUUGGAGUUUGGCGAGAAGAGCCACGAGGUGUCCAUGACGGCGCUGAGACUCGUACAGAGGAUGAAGAGGGACUGGAUGCACACGGGACGAAGGCCUUCGGGACUCUGCGGAGCAGCUCUGCUGGUCGCCGCCCGUAUGCACGAGUUCCGUCGCACCAUCAAAGACGUGAUCGGUGUCGUUAAAGUGUGUGAGGCCACGCUGAGGAAGAGGCUGAACGAGUUUGAGGACACGCCCACCAGCGAGCUGACCAUUGACGAGUUCAUGAGGGUGGAUCUGGACCAAGAGUGUGACCCGCCCUCUUUUAAAGAUGGACAGAGGAAGCUCCGGCUGCAGAAGAUCGAGGAGGAACUGGCUAAGAAGAUCGACGACGUCCAGGGUGAAAUCUGCGGCUAUCAGGAUGAGAUUGAAAUGGAGCUGGAGAGCAGGCGACCAAAAUCCAGAGGGAUCUUUGCAGCUUAUGGGAAAAAUGACGACGCCGUGUCCAUGACGUCGUCCCUCGGCGUGUGCGAUCUGGACGACGAGGACGAAGACCUGCGUGCGGCGGUGUCUCGCCUGAACGAAGACCCGCCCGGCGACGGAGAGGAGCGGUGCGACGAGGAGCGACGGGGAGCGACAGAGGAAGAGCGAGACUCUCCGAACAAGCGUCCGUCUCUGGAAGCUCUGCUCGGGCCGCUGCCCACCGCCGCCAGCCUCGGCCUGUCCGACUCCAUCCAGAAGUGCGUUGGAGAGGAGAAGGAGAACGAGAACGAGAACGAGCAGGGGUCAGACGGCGGCGAGCUGGACCUGAGCGGGAUCGACGACGACGAACUCGAGUGGUACAUCCUCAAUGAGAAGGAGGUGAAGAUUAAAACCGACCUCUGGAUGUUGGAGAACGCGGACUACCUCAAAGAACAGAAAGAAAAGGAGGAGAAAAUAGCGAAAGAGAAAGAGCUGGGUAUCCACAAGGAGAAAAAGCGGAGGAAACCAGCUCAGAGGAGAGCACCGAUCAACGCCAGCACGGCCGACGAGGCCAUCGAGAAGAUGCUGGAGCAGAAACGGAUCUCCAGUAAGAUCAACUAUGACGUCCUGAAGGACCUGAACCGCUCCGGCACGAAGAGCCCGCCUCCCGAGCCAAAGGAGUCUCCGGGCCGCGCCGCGCAGAGGAGGACGCCGUCAGCGCGCCCACGCAGGGUCAACGAGUUCUCGGCCAGUCUGGCAGAGCCGGCCAGCAACUUCGGCAAGAGGUUACGGCCACUGAUCUCCGCACAGCUUGCUAAGAAGCCACUCCUGGAUCAGAUGGUGUCUGAGGCUCCGGCCGCCCCCGCUGCGGUUACCCACAAUGCCGUGGUGGUGGAGAGCGGGCCCGUAGCGUACGAAGAGCCGAAAGAGGAGGAGGAGGAGGACGAGGAGGAGCAGU